AUGGGUGACCGCUCUACGCCUUGGAAGAAAAAGGCUAUCACUCAACACACAGACAAGAAGGCGACGAGGCAGAAGGAUGAGAAGAACAGGGAAGCUUGGAGCCACGAGAUCCAGAACAAGAUCCAUGUCGUCGAGACCUCUCCCAACCAAUUCCUUCGUCGCUUCGUUCCAUGCGAGCUUCCCGUGCCCAAGUGUCCCAAUCCGGCCGACGGCAUCUUCAACUUACCGUCUGGCGUACCUGAAGUCAGAAUGUACAAACCACAGUGUCCCAACCCGGCCGACGGCAUCUUCAACUUACCGUCUGGCGUACCCGAGGUCAGAAUGUAUAAACCACAGAUUGACGGGCUACAUAAGCUCGUCGCGAAUUUCCCCGACGGAAAACGACCCAGCUUUUACAACAAUUCAAACACACCCAUUCGAUUUCCUUUCGGAAAAUUUGACCAGGAACAUCAUGCCACAAAGCCAGACCUCAUUGGUGGCUUCAAGCCUCAAUCGCUCAAACAGCCUCGAUGGCGCCACCUCGCCAUUGUCCUCGAGGCAAAGCCCAAUGCUGGAGAAGAUCCCGUCGGCACGCCGAGCGAGGAACGAACCAAGACCCUCAUUCAACUCGCUAAGAGUGCCCGCAACCUGCUUGUCGCCCACAGCCGCUUGUUCGUGUUCGCCGUUGGCCUGUACGGCAAUAUAGCACGCAUAUACCGCUUCGAUCACGCUGCCGCGGUCGUCUCCCAAGCGUUCAACUAUGUUGAGAACCCCGAGAUCCUCCACGAAUUCUUCUGGCGCUUCGCCAAUCCCAUCAAUCCAGCUUGUGGCGUUGUUGGCGACGACCCCACUAUCUCGAUGCCCAGCCACGAGGACAGGGCGUUGGCAAAGAGGUUGUUUGAGAAACACAAGGGCGAGCGGUUCACUGGGGAAAAUAACAAAGUAUGCCGGUGGAUCACCUGCAAAAGACCUGACGGCGCCAUCGAGCGCUACCUCACAUACCGACUCGUCUUCAUGAAUCCACGCCUCUUCUCGCGUGCCACGACCGUCUGGGAAGCAUUCAAAGAGGGCGAUGAGAGUGGAAAGACCUAUGUCAUCAAGGAUGCCUGGCGGCAAGGCGCCCGACGUUUCGAGGAGGAGUUCUACAAGGACAUUCGCGAGGGCGUCGCGGAACAGCACGAUCUUGAGGAGUUGUGUGAUAUCGCGGAGGAGGAGUUGGAGUUGCGCGGACUGGCGGAGCUCGAGUAUGCCAUCGAUCUCGGUGAGGAAGAAAUGAACGCUCACACGCACGAAGAACGGAACGAUCCGGUUUCGCCUGCUCCCUCGUCCUUUGAUAGCCAGCCUUUGUCCGACGACGGUUUUUUUGGUCCUCCCGCGUACGAUACGGACCAGCACGGAUCUGUUCCCUCACCACCACCACCACCGUACGAGUCUGACGACGAGGCUCCGCCACCAUAUGAGUCGGGGCAUUGUACUGCAUCCGCUGCGAUCCUCGACAGAAAUAUGGCCAAGUACAAUGAGCGAAGCCACACGCGCCUAGUAAUGAAGACUGUUGGGCGACCCAUCUCCGAGUUCGAGAGUACAAGGGAGAUGGUAGAAGCAUUGCGAGACGCGAUUGAAGGUCACGGAAUCGCAUAUAAAGCUGGCGUCUUGCACAAGGAUGUCAGCGAAGGCAACGUCCUCAUCGCGGAGGACGCCCCAUUUAAAGGUUUUAUUGGUGACUUUGAUUACAGCUUCAGCUGGAAGCGAUUCUUGCGAGAGCGUGGCUGGAAGGAUACUGUGGAGAGCUGGCAGCACUAUACGAAGAACCACGAAGGAAUUCCGGACGACGAAAACGCGAAUGCAAAGGUGUCUAAGGAACAGUUGAAGGAAAGCGAGUUGCGGAAUGGUCUAAAAGAACGAACAGGAACAUUCUACUUUAUGGCUAUAGAAGUCUUGCGUGGAAGCGCCAUUCACGACGCACGUCAUGAUCUGGAGUCCUUCUAUUGGCUCCUCGUUUGGCUGGUCCUCAGACAUACAGAUCAUGAUCACGUAGCGGGCGCAAUGGCAUGCUCCAGAUUGUUUGACGGCGAGAACGAAUGGUCGUGUCUUGGUCACAAGGACAUCUGGUUAGGGGAUAACCAACCAGUUAGUGUGCGAGGAAACGCGCCGCUCACGCACUUACUAGGUAAAUUCAACGACUGUUGCUAUCGGAGCACUCCUCGUAAAGAGGUCAAACAAGUCCCUCUCACUCACGAACUCGUCUUGGCACUAUUUGACGAGGCGCUAGCAAUGGAUGGAUGGCCGGAAAAGGACGGUGCUCGCCCUUUUAAAAUGCCGAACACCCCUACCACUACUGUCGAUGUGCGGCCAGUGUCUCAAGUGACUGGCGGACGAACUACGAGCAAAACCACGUCCACCAAUAACCUGUCAUCUGUAACAGGCAGGCCGCCUCGAUCCCGACGCGGUGAAUAUUCCUUUUCUACAACAGGCAGCGGAAUCCAAGAUGGAAAACCAUUGAGCAAGAGGCCCGUGGAGAAGGGUGGCCAAAGGAAGCCUGCCGGCGCAGCUUCACAAUCUCGAAACCAUUCUCUCAGUGCCAUAGCGCAGGAUUCUAGUGCUUUUCCCGCUCAGCCAAUGAUGGCAAACACCAACUCGAGAGUUUCGGGGCCGCCUUCCACUUGGUCUUCCACUUCUUCUAAUGUCCACAGUCCCGUCAGUUUUCGAGAUUUGCCUACCAGUGGCACAAAACGUACCCGCGCGACACUGGAUAAGGAGAACCACUCACCCUCAAAGAGGCGGAAGAGCGCAAACGCCAAAAAAUAUACCGUCGACGACGUGUGA